GCUGGCUUUUCAUUACAAGUGUGAGAAUCUCUGGAAAUUCCGGCGAGUCCCAUCGGAUUUCAGCCGUGUUAAUCGAUUUCCGGCUCCCAGUUCACAGUAUGGAUGAACCUAAAUAGAGGGCUGCAUACAAAUCUAGAAUGAAAACUUGAAAUGCUCAUCUGCACUUGGAGAGUUGGAGGAGUCUAGUCCGGAGAAAUUUACCAUUGAUGGGGUCUUGUUUCAGCGUUGAAGAAGAAUUCCUACAACAAAAUAAAUCGUCAAAUCGGGACUCGGUUAGCCCUGGAGUUGCCCCAUCACUAGCCAAAGCAAAGUAUGCAAGUCCGAGGAAGAUAUGUUCACCAGAAGUCAAUGAGACUAAUAGUGAAAGCAAGAGAGUUGUAAUACCCAAAAAUGUGAAGGACUUGAGACAAAGUCCUGGGAAUAGUGAUCUUGAUUUAUUCACUUAUGCAGAAAUGAAAUUGGCUACCAAGAACUUUCGACCCAAUAAAGUUCUUGGCGAAGGUGGGUUUGGCAUUGUCUAUAAAGGAGUCAUAGAUGAACAUGUCAGAGCAGGGUACAUAAGCACUUGUGUUGCCAUUAAAAAACUUGAUCCUGAAGGUCAUCAGGGUGAUAGAGAAUGGCUGGCAGAGGUUAACUACUUGGGCCAGCUUCGACAUCCGAAUUUGGUGAAGCUCAUAGGGUACUGCUGUGAGGAUGAGCACAGGCUAUUAGUUUAUGAAUACAUGGCAUCUGGCAGCCUGGAGAUACACCUGUUUCCUAGAGUGUCUACUACACUAGCAUGGUCGAGGAGAAUGAGGAUUGCAUUGGAUGUUGCUUUUCUUCAUGGAGCAGAUAGGCCUGUCAUCUAUAGGGAUUUCAAAACUUCAAACAUUCUAUUGGAUGCGGAAUUCAAUGCAAAGCUUUCUGACUUCGGACUUGCAAAAGAUGGGCCCAUGGGAGAUCAAACUCAUGUAUCAACUCGAGUUAUGGGUACGUAUGGUUAUGCAGCUCCUGAGUAUGUCAUGACCGGCUAUAAUCUGGAAUCUGGACUGCGAAAGAUCCUAAACAGCUCCCAUCAGAACUUCUACACAUGAAACCAAAUGUCUUCUUAUGUAACUGCUCAAUGACUCCAUCCUCACUACACAUUGCCUGCCACCUUCACUUGCUCAAUAGCCUCACUACCCAACGCCGCCAGCCCUUCAGCAAGCUUCUUCUUCCACCAAAUAAAGACUUGACCUUUUCAUUAUUCUUCUCAGACCAUUUUCAUCCAUCAAGGUAUGGGAGUUUUGUGGACGCUUUUUCUUCAUGGACCUCUUUCAUCUGCCGCUUCCAUACUUUGAGUGCGAGCGAUAUACUGCAUCAGAUCAAACUUAUAGAACUUUUGUGCAUAGUGUUUCAGAUCCUCACAGGGACACACCAAAUCCAAUACGAACGAAAUAUGAUCACUGGGUCUUCAAGGCAGCUCACCCUUAGAACUUAACAGUGAGUUAGUGAUGGAGGGAUACUAAGAUGGGUGCAGAAGCCUCUGAGCGGAAUCGCUGCCAUCUAAAACGUCUUUCUGAUCUAACAUAAUUGUUUAAGUCUCUCACAUUAGAUAUUUGUCGAAUUGUGUCUAAUAUAUAAAUAUUAGUAAAUUUUACUUAUUGACUGCCCUUUUAGGGAGAGCUAGGCCCGAUCUAAUAUGAUAUCACAACUGUGGUUUGUUGGUUUGUUUGGUACCCUGUAGUUUGAGGUAGUUGUUUUUAGUCGAUUUGGCCCAUUUAUCCAUUCUUAAAAUGAAAAGUUACCCAACCUAAUUUGGGCUAAGGAGAUGUGUUAAGUGUCUCAUUUAGGGUAUUUACUAGAUUUAUAUCAAUAUUGUAUGUGUGUCUAUAUGUGUUAAGCCUGAUUUAGUAAUACCAAAAAUGGAUGGAGAAGACGGUGAAUGGAAAAGCAAUGGAAUGUGAUGCAAGGCCAAGAUAAUUAGCAGCAGCUCACCAGCCGAAAGGAUGGAGACGCAGGAUAGAGGGGGGAGGGGGAGGCAAUAAAUCUAUGUUUUUUCUAUCUGGUUGCAACGAGAAAAGGGGUGUGUUUCUAUUUGGUAUUUUGGUCAGUGUUGCCGUAAAAGGAAUGGGAUAAAAUGAUUAUGUUGGCACAAAUCAUUAGUGGGUGUUUUGGCCUACAGACAUGCUUAAAUUACCACAGGAGCAAAUCCUAUGUAGUGAAUAAGUGAUAGUUAAGGAAAUUAGAUAUGUUUUAGCCAUAUCUUGAAUCAGUUAUUUCAUAUCUCAUCACCAUUCUCCUCCAUGUUCUCUGCAAAGUAAAUGACAUUUGACACCAAUUCAGGGCAUUUGACAGCGCGAAGCGAUGUCUAUGGGUUUGGGGUUGUGUUGCUUGAGAUGCUAUUAGGGAGGAGAGCAAUGGACAAAAGCAGGCCAAGUCGAGAGCAUAAUCUCGUCGAAUGGGCCCGCCCUCUCCUAACCCACACCAAGAAGCUCUUCAGGAUAUUAGACCCGAGAAUGGAGGGACAAUACUCGAACAAGACAGCAGUGAAGGUGGCGAACCUGGCAUACCAAUGUCUCAGUCAGAACCCAAAGGGUAGACCAGUGAUGAGUCAAGUCGUGGAAAUACUUGAAGCCCUUCAACCACAAGAAAACGGCUCAGAAGCGAUUCUUCAGAGCAGUGGCGGCACCGUCACCCUCUACGAAGUGCAGAAAGAUUCAUGUGAGAACGAGGGACACUAGUUUAAGUGUGGUAGUGAAAGAAAGGAUGAGGUGCACAUUAUUGUAUGCCAAUGGAAGAAGCAAGAGUGGGACCCCAGAUUGUGGUGAUCUAUAUAGACUAUUUUGCUGAUGCAUGAGGUUGAUGAGGGAUUUUACCAACUGUUUUGUUCAACACUAUGUUGAAGCAAAGCUGAAUCUGGAAAAAACAAAGAACAGAAAACAAUGUUGAAAUUUCGUACAAAAUGUGGAACAAUUGCUUCUCCAUCGUGUUCUUUUCUUCUCGUUGGAGCUUCUUGGGAUAAAUUACUUUUCAUUUACAUCCAACUAUAUAUGAAUGAGUUGACAAAAACUUGAAGUCAAUCCUGUUGGGGUUUACACUUCAUAGGCCCCCG